GGUAGAAGGAACACAGUAUGGGUCCUAUUUUGAGCAUGCGAAACACAGUGUCCACAAAGACAAGCGAACUGGUUUUGUUCCCCGAAAGCCAACUACUGUCCUACAUGGUAAAGAGCAGAAAGUAGGAUCAGUAGAGCUACCAAAGACUGAAUGCAUGGACUCAGAAAGACCACAGGAGAAGCUGAAAAAGUAUUGUCCGUUCUGUAACACAAUUCAACACUACAUGAAUCAGUGCUCUAAUUUCAAACUCUUAACUAAAGAGCAAAUUGAAAGUUGGAUCAGAACAGGACAUAGAUGUUGGCGUUGCGGACGAGGGCAUUCUUCCUCUAAAUGUACGUUAAAGGCGAAAUGCAAACGGUGUGAAAGGAGGCAUCUUGAUGUUCUUCAUGAAGUCAAUGCCAACGUUGAUGUGAUGAGUAAAAGUAAUAAACUGACAUCGGAGGAAAGUUCAGUAAGCCCUACUUCUCAGGCCUUAUACUUGGAUCGACCUACGAGUAGCAGGCAAGUGCUACUGAAGUUAAUUCGAGUAAUCAUUCAGAAUGGGGAUAAGUCAUUAGAAACCUACGCUGUGCUAGAUGACGGAUCUGAGCGAACUAUUUUGUUGAAUGAAGCUGCUCAACGUCUAGACCUUCAGGGUGAAAUUGAAGAUCUGGCUCUGCGAACAGUGAGGCAGGAUGUCCAUACCAUUCAUGGAAGAUCAGUAUCUUUCUUCAUAGCCCCUGUUUCACACCCUGACAGAUCUUACCCAGUCAAGGAUGCAUUCACCGCAAAAGAGCUAGCCCUGGUUCAGCAUACUUACCCCAUCUCUGACUUGCAAAGAAGAUAUCACCAUCUCCGUGACUUACCUUUGCACGACAUCCAUGAAGCGCAGCCCUUGGUACUUAUCGGCUCAGAUUAUCCUCACUUGAUAACCCCUGUUGAGCCAGUGAGAUUAGGUCCUCCUGGAGGUCCAGCGGCGGUUCAUACAAAGCUCGGCUGGACAUUGCAAGGUCCCUCAAGGCUUAUUAAACCUCACUUGCAGGCUCAAGAAUGUUUAUUCAUUUCUUGUGUUUCUCCUGAAGCUGAGCUAUUCCGUCAAGUUGAAAAGCUUUGGCAACUGGAUACUCUUCCUUAUCAAUCUGAGAAAGUGGUCAGUCGAUCACGACAGGAUGCAGAAGCUAUUCGCCUCCUAGAGGAGAAAACCAUCAGGAUUGAUGUGAAUGGGGUAAAAAGGUACGCUACGCCUCUACUCUGGAAAGAGUUGCCUCCGCCUCUGAAUGCACCCAAGGAGGCUGUCAUGGCCCUGCUACGCAGCACAGAGCGAAAGUUAUCUAGAGAACCUAGUAUGGCUGCCUCUUAUGAAUCAGAAAUUCAGAAACUGCUGCAGGCAGGUUACGUCACACCGUUGACAGCUGCAGAAUGUGAUCGGAGUUCCCAGUCAUGGUACAUACCACAUCAUAUGGUUCAUCACAAUGCAAAGAACCGUAUUGUCUUCAAUUGUUCUUUUGAGUACCAGGGUCAGUCUUUGAAUGAACAUCUCUUGCCCGGUCCUACCUUAAGUGCCAGCUUGUUGGGAGUUCUCAUCCGCUUUCGAGAACAUUCUGUGGCCAUCUGUAGUGAUGUGAAGGGUAUGUUCCAUCAAAUCCGUCUCCUUGAUGAAGAUAAACCCUUCCUUCGCUUUCUGUGGCGUCAUGGGAAUACAUCUGAACCGGCCAUUGUGUAUCAGUGGCAAGUUCUGCCAUUUGGCACUACGUGUAACCCUUGUUGUGCUACUUACGCACUUCAGUCCCAUGCCAAAGUGGAUCUCGAAGGUACUGAUGAAGUACGUCAAACGGUGGAGCGUAGCUUCUAUGUUGACAAUUGUCUUAAGAGUGUCUCUACUGAAGCCCAAGCUAUAGAGCUGGUAAACCGAUUGCAGGGCCAUCUUAUGAACGGUGGAUUCGAAUUGAGGCAAUGGGCCAGUAACAUCCCUGAAGUUAUUCACCACCUUCCUGCUGAGUUAAAGUCAAAGAGUGGGGAGAUUUGGCUAAGUCAAGAAAUGACCAACCCUCAGGAGAAUGCUCUUGGAUUGAUAUGGCAAUGUAGAUCAGACACAUUGGUAUACAAAUCGUACCAGAAAGAUGAAGGUGAAAUUACAAUGCGGAGCAUCUAUCGCACUUUAGCCAAGCUUUAUGACCCCCUUGGAUAUCUCAUUCCGUAUACCACCAGAGCCAAAAUUGUUGUGCAGUUGUUGUGGGAUAAAAAACGAGGAUGGGAUGAUCCUAAUUUACCAUUGGGCCUACUAGACAUUUGGCAUCAGUGGGAGAGCGAGCUGCCACAAUUGUCUCAGAUCCACCUACCAAGAUGCUACAGUUCCAGCCUUCAGUAUCCUGUCAAGAGCCGCAGUGUUCAUGUGUUUUGUGAUGCUUCUGAAAAGGCAUACGGCUCUGUAGCAUACUUGUGCUCUGAAGACAGUCAGGGUAAUAUGCAUGUUGCCUUCAUGGCGGCAAGGUCAAGAGUCGCUCCACGGAAACAAAUCUCCAUAGCUCGUUUAGAGCUUUGUGCUGCAUUGACAGGAGCACAACUAGGAGACGUCUUGAAGAAAGAGCUGACCUUAGAUAUCUCCAAAUUCAUCUAUUGGUCUGACUCCACUACAGUUCUUUCUUGGCUGCAGUCUGAUUCUUGCAGAUACCGAGUGUUUGUAGGAGUUAGAGUCACCGAAAUCCAAGAGUUGUCUGACCCUGGAGCUUGGCGCUAUGUUGAUUCAGCAGCCAAUCCUGCUGAUGAUAUCACGCGUGGGUUAUCACUGGUUCAACUAGCUAAAGAAACACGAUGGAAACAAGGACCAGCCUUCUUAAUGCAGUCUAGCAGUUGUUGGCCUAAGGCACCAGAAGGACAGGCCCCUGAAGAAGUUCAGGAACUUAAGAAAUCUGUGUUUUGCGGCUCAUUGACUGAACAUAAACUGCAAGUUGAACCUGAUCCCAGUCAAUUUAGUAGCUAUCCUGAUUUACUAGAGGCUACAGCACGAUUCCUUCAUGGGGCGGCUGAUAACACUGAUUCACUCAGUGCAGAUGCGUUUCAGAAGGCAGAAUUGUCUAUCCUUAGACAAUGUCAGAUGCAUGACUUUUCUGACGAAUUUGCUUUACUCAAGGGAGGAAAAGACAUUUCUGUACAUAGCCGACUCAUUAAGCUUGCUCCUGAAUAUGACAAAGAACAAGACUUGAUUAGAGUAGGAGGACGACUUCGUAGGUGCCAUGGAUUGAGUGAUGCAGUUCUACACCCUAUUGUUCUGUCACAAGAUCAUCCAGUAGUUAAACUCCUAAUAAAGCAUUAUGAUGAUCAACUGCACCACCCGGGAGCUGGCAGGGUGUAUGCUGAGCUGCGGCGUAAGUUUUGGAUUUUGCGAGGAAGAGAGGCAAUUAAAAGACAUCAGCACCACUGUCUUGAUUGUAAUAAAUGGAGAGGCAAACCAAAGAUUCCUAGAAUGUCAGACUUACCCACAUCAAGUCUGAGGUUAUGUAGACCCCCUUUUUACUCCACCGGAGUAGAUUGUUUUGGACCACUGUUAGUGAAGGUUGGCCGCCGUACUGAGAAAAGGUGGGGUGUCAUAUACAAGUGCCUCACUACUCGAGCUGUACAUCUUGAUCUGUUGGAUCACAUGGAUGGAGAUUCAUUCCUGCUGUCUCUCAGGCGUUUCAUUGCCAGAAGAGGGAAACCCUAUGAGAUUCUCUCUGAUCAGGGAACAAAUUUUCGAGGUGGAUGUAAAGAGCUGGAGGACACUUUCUCCCAUAUGCAGACCAGCAUUAGAGACCAGCUAGCAAAGGAACAAAUCAGAUUCAAGUUUAAUCCACCCAGUGCGCCUCAUUUCGGCGGCUCAUGGGAAAGAGAAGUGAGGUCUGUAAAGACAGCCUUAAGAAUCACCUUAGGUGCUCAGACCGUUACUGAGGAGGUAUUGAGAACCAUCUUGAUCGAGGUGGAGGGCAUUCUUAAUUCUAGACCCUUGGGUUAUGUCUCUAGCGACAUAGCAGAUCCAGACCCAGUAACGCCAAAUUCUUUACUGAUGGGGCGGCCUGACUCCUCCUUGCCCCAAGUUGUCUAUUCAGACCAUGAAUUACUCAGUAGAAAAAGAUGGAGACAUAGUCAGGUUCUGAGUGAUCAUUUUUGGAAGCAUUUUAUUCACGACUUCCUACCCACAUUGCAGUCAAGGCAGAAAUGGUACAGAGAGAAAGAGAAUAUUGCAGUUGGCACUGUAGUACUCAUUGUUGAUGAGCAGAUCCCAAGAGCGCUCUGGAGAGUUGGUACUGUCUCUGCUGUCAUUCCUAGUUCAGAUGGGAGAGUCAGAACAGCAGUGGUCAAAGUGAAAGAUCAAACAUACACAAGACCAGUAGCUAAGUUGAUUGAAUUGCCUUCCUUACCCCCAGACACAGAAAGUUCCUUAUAGACCCUACUAAUGGCAAAUUUGCAUACCAAAUUUGGGGGCGGCUGUGCAAAAGGUCAUGGUCAAGUUACAUUUAUUUUAAUAUUAUAGUCGUUUAGUAUUCUGUUCAAGUGUUGCGCCUGUUGAGUGGGCGGAGUUUAAUCGGAAGUCUCGCGAGUUUGGUGAAAAUAGCGUGAGAUCAGAUAUACGGCAAUGGAGAAAAGGAAGGAAGAAAUGCGGUCCAUGUUAAUAUUGUAAAUUCAUGCGGCAAAUUGGAUUAAAGCCAUCAAGCUAUAGAUUGAUUAAUAUAGCUCUCAGCUGGUGAGCAGUUUGGCAUUUCAGAUGUGAUGGGCGGCCGAUGUUGUGUGAUCGCUUCAGAAGUUGCUGGAAUUAUAUGGUGAAUAUCAGCGCGUGCGUCAUUGCAGAACAACCACACGUUUAUCCACGUUUGUCCAGCGGACUUUAAUCACACAAACCCAACACACACACUGAAUAUCGCAGCACACGAAGCUACCGGCCUCACUGUUAUCACCACAUCAUAUUAACCCUAUCAGUAUCAAACAAAGAUCCCUACUAACAUACCGUUUGUUCAAGUUCCAAAUGUGAUGACAUCACGUCUGAGGAUCGACGUCUGAAGAUAUCUGUGCCUUCCUUUCAUUAAGUGGACAUUCUCUGGAAACCUGGGACUUGUUGGGACUGAGUAUUCUCAAUAACACAUUUCACUGCCUUAUAACAACAUUAUUGUAUCUUUUUAUUUAAAGAACAUUGUUGUUUUAUUGUUUUGGUUAUUUUGCGUAGGCCUACGCUGUUUUAUUGUGUCAUUUACAUUGUGUUAACAUUGUGAGAAAAUAAUUCAUUUUUUCAUUAAUACAUUGAGUUAAUUGGA